AUUCUUGCAUUUGCAAUAUUCAGAUUAAACACCAUGAGAUCAACUUCCUCUGAGAAUGAAACAUGCAUCUUGGAAUUCAUACUCCUGGGAUUUGUAAAUAUCACACAAGGAAAGACCUUCCUUGCCAUCCUGUUUCUCACUAUGUAUACUGUCUGCUUCUUGGGAAACUCACUCAUACUCACCAUGACUGUGUUAAAUCGGUCUCUCCACACCCCCAUGUAUUUCUUCCUCGGCAACCUCUCUUUCCUUGAUAUCUGCUACAUCUCUGUGACAGUGCCAAAAAUGCUAGCAGAUCUCUGGGCUGAAUCCCCAGUCAUUUCCUUCAUGGGUUGUGCUGCACAGUUGUAUUUCCUUGUUGCCUUGGUGGGCACGGAAGGAUUCCUUCUGGCCUCUAUGGCUCUGGACCGCUAUUUUGCCAUAUGCCAUCCAUUGGGCUAUACAAAACUCAUGAAUAAAUAUGUUUGCCUUCAGUUGGCUGCUAUAUCCUGGACUUGUGGCUUUCUCAAUGCUUCUAUCCACACAACACUCACGUUUCGUCUGUCUUUCUGCCGAUCUAAUGGAAUUAAUCAUUUUUUCUGUGACAUUCCACCAUUGUUGAGUAUUUCAUGCUCUGACACGUCAGUCAAUGAGGCUACUCUUCUUACAGUGGGUGUGUUUGUAGGCCUUAGCCCUUUUUUCUUCACCCUGGUCUCUUACACAUUCAUCCUUCAUGCCAUUUUAAGCAGCCGCCAGAAAGGACAGCGCCACAAAGCCAUUUCCACCUGUGCUUCCCAUCUCACAGUUGUGAUUCUGUUCUAUGGCUCCAGCAUAUUUACAUAUGUCCGUCCUACCUCCAGCUACUCACUUGAAAGAGAUCAGCUUGUGGGGGUUUUGUACAGUCUCUUAACACCAACACUCAACCCAAUUAUUUACAGCCUACGGAACAAGGAAGUGAAGCUGGCAAUGAGGAAGUUUCUGCUGAGAAUACCUUCCCUUGGAAUUUAGUUUCUUUAACUGAAA